UUUUCGUAUAGCAAAGGAUGUACAGCGCUAAGGCUCUGAUUCUUUGCGCCGUCGCCGUCUAUCAGACGGUGACACUUUCGAAUGCAGCAGGAUGUUCAACAAAAGCAGACGUAACAUUCGUUUUAGAUUCCUCAGAUACAGUCGGACAAACAAACUUUGCAAAACAAUUAAACUUUGUUAAGAAUACAGUGAACAAUUUAGAAGUAGGUGGAGACAAAGUGCGCGUUAGUACUGUGACGUUUAGUUCAGGUGUGCAUAAUCAGUUCUUCUUGAACAAUUAUGGCACCAAAGCAGACGUUAUGAAUGCCAUUUCUGGCAUCAAGUAUCUACCAGGAAACACAGAUACUGGGGAUGCUAUUAAAUACGUCACGCAAACAACAUAUACUCCACAACACGGCUCCAGAAGCGGAGUACCACAUAUCAUGGUUCUCGUCACUGAUGGACCGUCAGUAACCAAGGAUAUAACAAAGUUAAGAGCUCAAACCGCCAAAGAUAACGGUGUUAUCGUCUAUACUGUUGGUGUUGGAGGAGGAUUCGAUAGAGAUGAAUUGAAAUCAGUCUCCAGCAACCCAGACUCCCGUUAUUUCCUCACGGCCGAUAACUUCGAUUCCCUAAACAGCUUGUCAGAGCUUCUGGCAACUAAAGUAUGCAACGAGGUACCAGAUCGUAGUAUGCUGCCAACAUCAACAGGUUGUUUACAAAAAGCUGACCUCGUCUUUAUGGUAGAUUCAUCAAAUACAGUUGGUGCACUCAAUCUAGAGAAAACAGAAAACUUUAUUAAAAACUUCGUUACAAAAUUAAAUGUCAGCAAGGAGGGUGUUCAUGUAGGUAUUGAGCAAUAUGGCAGCCGUCCUUCUGCUGAGUUCCCUCUGCGAAUGUACAACAACAGAUACGAUGUUUUAACAGCAAUCCACGGAAUGCAGAUAAUGGGAGGUGGAACCAACACCGGUGAUGCUAUUGAGUUUGCUAAAACAACGAUGUUCUCUCCAGCAGCAGGUGCUAGAUCAAACGUUCCAAGAAUCGCCAUUAUGGUAACUGAUGGUGGAACUUCAGAAACAGCCGCGGCCAUUGCUGAAGCUGACAAAGCAAGAGCUGCAAAUAUCGGCUUAAUUGGAGUCGGUGUCGGUGGACUUGUCAACAUGCAGGAACUUAACGGGGUUGCGAAUCAACCAUCAGCAAGUCACGUGAUCACAGUCAGCAACUAUGACCAGUUAGAAGCAAUUUCUAAUCAGCUCAUGACAAUGACAUGUGGUGUUCGAACAAAUAUUAACUUUGCAACAAACCAAACUGACUGUCGAGACAAAGUAAACAACUGCCACGAGUAUGGAUCAAACGUGUGCAGUCAGUACAAAGUAUGGGCAGCAGAAAAUUGUCAGGCAUAUUGUCAAACUUGUAAAUUCCAAUACUCUGUAACGGAAACCUGUACAGACGCUGUAGGAAAUUGCGCCAGCUAUGGGAAAAGCGCAUGUACGCAAUACAAACAAUGGGCACAAGACAACUGCAAACAAUCCUGUGGAUUUUGUAAUGCUUCAGCAAUGACCGGAGGAUUCUAUAACCGAUGUGCCUACAAAGGAAAAUCAUACAGCCCCGGACAGAAAUGGAAUGAUGGCUGUGAUUAUGAAUGUGUUUGCCAAGAUGGCGCCACUGGACGUUACCAAUGUUAUAACAGGUGCCCUGUAUAUUACAACCUACCAUCCUUGUGUACCCUUGUCAGGAAACCAGGAGAAUGUUGUUUACAACCUGUCUGUAACUUUAAUCCAUCUAUUCAGAAAUUUGAAUCAGCAGGAAAGGGACAAAACCAACAAGGAAUUGAUGUUUGUGUAUACAAGGGAAAACAAUAUUACCAAGACCAAAGUUGGACUGAUGGAUGUGACUACCAGUGCACAUGUACUAAUUCUAAAACAGGACUCUACCAGUGCGAACAAUUAUGUCCAUCCUAUUCUGUUCUCCCCCAGAUCUGCCAUUUAGAACAGACACCAGGACAAUGUUGUAAGAAACCAGUCUGUGAAUUUACCCAGCAAGCUGGUACCUUCUCUGGUAAUGGAAUGAUCAGUGGAAAUGGAACCAGCAUGCAGUCGCCAUUUUCUACAGGGCCUUGUGUUGACUUGGUAACCUGCUCUACAUAUGGGAAUAAUGUAUGUACACAGUAUAAAGACUGGGCCAUGAAAAAUUGCAGGAAGACAUGUAACUUAUUAAUCUGUUGCAAGAAGACAUGUAACUUAUGUCCAAGCACACAAACUGCAGGAACAAGCGAUCGUUGUGUUUAUAAAGGAACAUCAUACAAACAGGGAGAAGUCUGGUCACCAAAAUGUGACGAGAGAUGUUCCUGUGAAAAUGCCAAAUAUGGUUAUUAUAGAUGUGUCAACACGUGUCCCACGUACACAAAUUUGCCAUCUGGAUGUAAUCGUGUAAGACAAAAUGGUGCAUGUUGUCAAAAGGUACAGUGUACAAAUGGAGUGUUUUUGACGUCUGCUACUAACAGCUAUUCUCUUGGAGGUGGAGGUGGAAUUCAAAUCAUUAAUCAAAACUCAAAUCUAUUUCCUGUACCAACAAUUCCUGGACAGCAACAGGGAAAUUCAGGAACAGGAAUUAUGCCACCAACAAUUGCGGGAUGUUUGUAUGAUGGACAAGUAUAUUCACAAAAUCAGGCAUGGAUGGACGGAUGUUCAAAAUAUUGUGUAUGUGUUGAUGCUGCCAAAGGUCAAUUGUCAUGCAGGGAAAGAUGUCCAAAAUACACAAACAUGUCCCCAACCUGUGUAAUGAGCACUGACCUAAACGAUCCUUGCUGUACUGCUCCUAAAUGUACCUUUGAUGCCAAUCUGGGUAAAGUACCUCAACCCUUACCAACAUUUGGAAAGUCUACACUGACAUACUCAGUUGUCUCCCCUCAGACUGGAGCAACACAAAACCAGGGAUAUACUAAUGCACAUUUUUCUUUGAUAAACACAGUUCCCACACCUCAACCUCCCACAGUUGAUCCAGGAAAACUGUCAGCAGGAGGAUACUGCGAGUAUGAUGGUAAACGUUACAAUGUAGGAGCGACCUGGGAGGUCGGCUGUCAGUAUAACUGUAUAUGUGAUGACGGCAUAACAGGUCAUUACAAAUGUGUAGAAAAGUGUGUCCACUAUACAAACUUGCCACCAAAAUGCUAUCUUCUCCAAGAUCCAUUAAAUCCCUGUUGUAAAAAACCUGAAUGUCCAGUUGAUCCUCAAUAUGAAAUAAUCACAGGAGUAAGGACAACACCAUCAUCUAAACAAGGAGUAUGUACUUACAAUGGACAAUACUACCAACAAGGACAAACUUGGUAUGAUGGCUGUAGUUACCGAUGUACCUGUGAAGAUGCUGAGAAUGGUAUAUACAGAUGUCUUAGUCGAUGUCCAGAGUAUCCAUUUAGUUCUGAUUCUAAGUGUAAAUUGAUUGCUGAUCCUCGUGACCCAACAUGUUGUCAAAUGAGAGUCUGUGUCAAUGAGACUUCAGGAAACCAGUCACCUAAUCCUACUCCUGCUAUAGUUCCACCUGCUAAAUAUCAGGGAAUAGAGACUGGUACUAAUGGUAGAAGCAAUGUAUGUAUUUACAAAGGUCAGGCAUACAAACAAGGAGCUAUCUGGGAAGAUGGUUGUGAUUAUACAUGUACAUGUGAAGAUGAAUUAAAGGGAGUUUACUCCUGUACAGACAGGUGUCCUGUUUACAUUAAUCUACAACCUGGUUGUGAGAUGGUCAGAGACUUCAGUAAUCCAUGUUGUAAGAAGCCACAGUGUACAGUGACUGGACCCCCACCGACACGUAUCUACUAUAAUGUUACUAAUCUUCCACCAACACUCGCACCUCAAUUGCAAUUUUGUGUAUACAAGGGAGUACGCUACUUACAAGGCCAGGAAUGGGAGGAUGGAUGUAGUUUCAAAUGCCGAUGUGACGACUCAAGCAGAGGAAUAUACACAUGUAAUCAAAGGUGUGCUGCAAUUGAUUCAAAUAUUCAACCUGGAUGUACCUUGAAAACAGAUCCUAGAGAUGCUUGUUGUCUGGCCCAGGUCUGUACAGAAGUUACCCCAACACCAGGCCCAGGAUCAACCAAUGGACCAACACAGGUGCCAACACUAAAGCCCAAUCUGUUCACUGGACAGGUCUAUAUACCAACACCAUCACGUAUACCUGGACAACCAAUACCAACUCCUGCUAAACUAGGUGUCUGUAUAUACAAAGGUGGUCAGUAUUCUCAAGGUCAAAAGUUUGAUGAUGGAUGUGAUUUUGAAUGUGUUUGUUUCAAUGCAAUGGAAGGAAAAUACAGAUGUUCUCCAAAAUGUCCAGUCUAUACAGAUGUCCCAACAACAUGCAGACUGGUCAAGAAUCCAAGAAAACCAUGUUGUCAAAUACCUGAAUGUUACAGUAUAGCAACUCAAACACCAACUCCUGGUGUUACAAUAAGUCCUAGACCAUACACUGGCCCAGUAACCCAAACCCCAACACCAUAUGUCGGUCCAAUAACACCAAGUCCUAAACCAUCCAUUCCACCAACACCAAGUGGGACACCAACACCACAACCAAUACCAACACAACCAACAAAUGUGUGUGUUUACAAAGGUGUUCCCUAUACACAAGGACAGAAAUGGUUUGAUGGAUGUGAUUUCUCAUGUGUAUGUGAGGACGGAUCAACUGGAGUAUAUAGAUGUAACAAUAGAUGUCCCCAAUAUAUGCAGUCUGACUCUAGCUGUUCUAUGCAGCCUGAUCCAAAGGACCCAUUAUGUUGUAAAGUACCAGUCUGUACACCAAGACCAGAUCAGACCACACCCCAAUACCAGACAAUUCCAACCAGGGUAAUUGAUGGGGGUCUUGGAACUGUGACACCCUCACCCAGACCUAAUGUGAUACUAACACCUGAUGUAAAGAUCACACCUGUACCAAUAUUUACUCCUUACCCAUUACCUACGCUACAAACUCCAUCAACAGAGAUGAUGACAGACCCAACACCUACCCAGAAACCAAUAUACCAACCCAAAACCUGUGUAUACAAAGGUAAAUCCUACACUCCAGGACAGAAAUGGCAAGAUGGCUGCCAGUAUGAUUGUGUCUGCCUAGAUGACCAAGGAAACUACAGAUGCACAGAAAAAUGUCCAGCUUACACUAAUUUAUCACCUGGAUGUCGUCUGGUAAUGGAUGUUUCAAACGUCUGCUGUCAGAAACCAUAUUGUCCACCAACACCAACUCCAAAUCCAUUUACCUUAACUCCACCAAAACCACAAACUGUUUUACCAACAACAUACUGUGUAUACAAUGGAGUACAAUUUAAACAAGGUCAGACAUGGAAUGAUGGCUGUGAUCUUCGUUGUAUCUGUGAAAACUCCAAGACAGGUUUCUACAGAUGUGAUGAUAGAUGUCCUCAAUGGCCACAGUUACCACAAGGAUGCAGUCUAACAACAGAUCCCAAUGAUGUUUGUUGUAAGAAACCAAUUUGUACACCAGAGGUCAUGACACCUCCUACAUUAUAUGUACCAACACCGAAUCCAACAUUAUAUCCCAACCAACCAACACCAUCACCACAACCGACACAACCACCAACACCGUAUACCUUUACACUACCAACGCCAGUCAGGACAGGAUACUCAGAUAAUUGUAUGUAUAAGGGAGUUGCUCAUACUCAGGGACAGAAAUGGGAUGAUGGAUGUUCACUGGAGUGUGAAUGUCUCGAUCAAAAGACAGGAAGAUAUCGUUGUCAGAGCAAGUGUCAAGACUACUCUAACUUUCCAAAACCAUCUUACUGUAAUUUGGUCGCUGAUCCACGUAAUCCAUGUUGUAAAGUAGUACAGUGUAAUCCAACAGCUCAACCAAGCAUGUCACCAAGACCAGGAACAACAAUGCCUACAGUAUCUCCUGGGGUUAACCCAUCAUUAACACCAUCACCAAACCCACCCAUCUUUUCACCUACUCCAUCUCCACAACAAAAUAUAUGUGUAUAUAAGGGUUUGCCAUACACACAAGGACAACAAUGGUACGAUGGCUGUGACAAAGUUUGUACUUGUGAGAAUGGUAUGACAGGUUACAUACGAUGUCGUCAGAGAUGCACAAGUUAUGAUACCAUCGCUGCAGGAUGUACAAUGGUACCAGAUCCUAAAGAUCCAGUCUGUUGUCAGAUCCCUUCAUGCAUACCUCAGGUCCAAACAGUAGGACCAUCUGGAUCACCAAUAUAUUUCACUGGACCAACAGGUAAAGUGACCGGCUUUGGUAUUGUUACUCCACAACCAACAACAAGGAGACCAACACCAGGAAAUGGACCAACUUUAUCACCGCCAUUGAAUCCUAUUCCUACUACUAAACCAAAACCAAAUUAUUGUGUUUACAAUGGUGUUCAGUACAAGACAGGACAACAAUGGCAAGAUGGCUGCAAAUAUAACUGUGUAUGUGAAAAUGGAAUGACUGGAUUUUACUCUUGCAAAGAAAGAUGUCCAUCUUUCCCAGCUGCUUUGCCACCAACCUGUUCCCUGACACAAGAUCCUAGUGAUUUCUGUUGUAAAACUGUUGUGUGUGAUUCAAGGAAGACAACUCCAUUUGUGCCCUAUGUUGACCCUACUCUAGCACCAACAUACAAUCCAUUAGAACCAAAGACAACACCUCAGCCAUAUACAACAAAAUAUCCUGGACAAAAAAUAACCUUCACCCCUGCACCAACACCACCAGCUUUCUGUGUCUACUAUGGUGUUCCAUACAAACAGGGACAGACCUGGGACCAAGGUUGUGAGAAGAGAUGUCGAUGUGAUGAUGCUACUAACAAUUAUUACACAUGUUUUGACAGAUGUCCAACUUUCCCCAACCUUCCUCCAGGCUGUUCUAAAACAACUGAUCCAAACGAUGUCUGCUGUCAGAUUCCAGUCUGCCCAACUGCUGCACCUACACCACAACCAACUCCUUAUACAGGACCUCCAACUCUGGCUCCUAGCCCAACACCUUACCAUGGUCCUCCCACACCAGAACCAACACCAUAUACAGGAACACCAACAAUGUCACCAAACCCAACAACUUCCAGAUACCCAGUACCAACAUUACCAGGCGGUGUCAUCCAAGGUGGUAGACCAACACCUAAUCCGUACAGUCAAUAUACCCCAGCACCAUCUAAAUACUGUGAAUACAAAGGGGUGAGGUAUUCUACUGGCCAAAAAUGGAGAGACGGUUGUGAUUACAACUGUGUUUGUGUUGAUGGAAUGUCUGGUGUUUACCAAUGUUCUCAAAGAUGUCCAAAAUUCCCGCAGCUACCAGCUGGCUGCAGCAUGGUAACUGACCAGAACGAUCCAUGUUGUCAGGUACCCGAUUGUCCAAGAACACCUACCCCAGUUCCAACACCUAGUGUCAACUCUGGUCCUACACCAACAGGGGGAGUAACUCCAACACCAGGAGUAAGUCCAACACCACAGACUAAUCCAUUCCUGCCAAAUCCUAAAGAAGUGUGUGUAUACAAGGGUAAAACAUACACACAAGGACAAGCAUGGUAUGAUGGCUGUGACAUGAAAUGUGUGUGCGUCAAUCAAAAAACAGGUGCAUACAGUUGCUUUCAAAGAUGUCCACAGUAUGUUCAGAAUCCUAACUGUAUUCUGAUUCCUGAUCCCUCAGAUCCACAGUGCUGUAAAAAACCACAAUGUCCAUCCCAGAACACAAAUCCACCUGUAAUUGUUGGAACAAAUCCACCCGUGUACAUUACAUUUGGCCCAGGUGGUUCAUUUACAGGGGGAACCAGACCAACAGCCACACCACCUCCUAAAGUGUGUAUUUACAAUGGUAAAUCAUACACACAAGGACAAAGAUGGCAGGAUGGGUGUAAAUACACUUGUGAAUGUGUAAAUGCAGAUAUGGGAAUGCAUAAAUGUAUUCAAAGAUGUGCUGAUAUGAGCAAGAUCCCACCAACCUGUACUCUGAAGUACAAUCCACAGGACCCAUGUUGUCCACUACCAAACUGCCCUCAGAUAUAUGUAACACCCAUACCUGGAACCAACAGAACCAUCCAACCACCAACAUUUAAUCCUAACAUGCCACAGCCUAAAUAUUGUGUAUAUAAUGGUAUACCAUAUACACAAGGACAAACAUUCAAUGUGGGUUGUGAAAAGAAAUGUCGCUGUGAUGAUGCUUCUAUGGGUCUAAUAAACUGUGAUGACAGAUGCCCUACUUAUCCAGCACUACAAGACGGUUGUCAGCUUUUGACAGAUCCAAAUGACCAGUGUUGCCAGGCUCCAUUAUGUGUUGGCAAAAACCCCAAUAAUCCAUACCAAGUUAUAACAGCUCCUAAGGGAUCAUUUACUGGAGGCAAUAAACCACCAGUCGGACCAAAUGGUCAAGUUCCACAGACUUCAAAUGGAAAGGCAUGUGUCUACAACGGACAGUCAUAUAGACAAGGACAAAAAUGGAAAGACAGCUGUUUAUUUGAAUGUGAAUGUUUUGAUGAAUCAACUGGACGUUACAGAUGUACUGAAGUAUGUCCAAAAUUCCCACAAGUUCCUUCUUACUGUACCCUUGUACAAGAUCCCAAAAACACUUGCUGCCAGACAGUUUACUGUCCAGUACAACCAACUCUAGGUCCAGGUCAACAACCACCAAGUCCAGGAACAUAUCUUACCCCUAAACCAACAUCAAUGUGUGUAUACAAUGGCGUAGCAUACAGACAGGGACAACAAUGGUAUGAUGGAUGUGAUUUGGUCUGCAGAUGUGAAGAUGCAAUGAAAGGAUUCUAUCGUUGUCAGCAAAGAUGUAACAGUUACAGCAAUAUACCUUCAUAUUGUACUCUGGUGCCUGAUCCAAAAGACCCUCAAUGUUGUACAGUUCCCCAGUGUCAACUGAUACCAGAUAAUGCCACACCUACUCCUGGAAUCUUCACUCCCCCAGUACCAGUAUAUGGAUCCUUCACUGGCAGUGCUCCAAACCCAACCCCUCAACCAACUCCAGCACCAACGAUGAGGUUACCUAAUGGACAGAUUGUCACAGUUACUCCUCAACCAGGACUGCCAACACAACCUGCACCUACUCCUCAACCAGGUUGUUUCUAUAAAAAUAAAUCCUACAAACAGGGAAAGAGUUGGGAUGAUGGCUGCCAAUACAGAUGUCAAUGUGUUAAUGAGAUGAUUGGACAAUACAAAUGUACUGAAAGAUGCGUGACUUAUCCUAACCUACCACAAUUCUGUACAUUGAUCCAGAAUCCCAAGGACAGCUGUUGUCCAGUACCUUACUGUGACAAGGUUAACCCAACUCCAUCUCUACCAGCAACCUAUCAACCAUAUGUUCCAACAACUCAUAGCCCAUUGUUUGUGAACCCGGGAACCAAUCCUCCAAUGACAGGCCAACAAACUCCAUCACCAUUUGGAAAGUCUGGAUAUUGUGUGUAUCAAGGAGUAUACUACAGACAAGGACAGACUUGGAAUGAUGGCUGUGAAAAACGUUGUCGAUGUGAUGAUGUAACCACAGGUCUUUACAGCUGUACACAGAGAUGUCCAGUAUUCAACAACAUACCUUCAACAUGCACUUUGGUUGCUGACAAAAGUGAUCCAUGUUGUACUGUACCACAAUGUAACCUAUUCCCAAGUACUGCAAGAUACACCGGAACAGGCACACCACCAACAACUGCCAGACCUAACAUUAUUGUUCCUACUCCAAUUCAGGGUGCUAUUACUGGUCAAGGAACUAUUGCUCCUAACAAUCUUGGAAAUGGAACAGGUUAUUGUGCAUACAAGAGUAAGACCUACACUCAGGGACAGAGAUGGGACGAUGGAUGUAAUUAUAGAUGUCAGUGUAUUGAUGCUAGUAGAGGUCGUUACAAGUGUGAUUACAGAUGUCCACAAUACUACAAUCUGCCAGCUUAUUGUACCUACCAACAGGAUCCCAACGAUGCAUGCUGCCGUAAACCUAGAUGUGAUCCAAGUCAAAUAAUAACACCAAAUCCAAAUACAGAUGGAACAACAAUUACACCAGGACCAAUAAAACCAAAACCAUUCAAUAUGUGUGUUUACAAAGACAGGACCACACAUGCUCAGGGAUCAAGUUGGAAUGAUGGCUGUGACCUUCACUGUACAUGUGAAAAUGCUACUAUGAACAUCUACCAAUGUCAAGCCAAAUGUAAAUUGUUCCAAGCUUUACCGGCUCAAUGUAGUUUGGUACCGGACCCAGCAGAUGGAUGUUGUAAGAUUCCAAGAUGUGUUGCCACGGGAACCAACAUUCCACUGAACCCAAUUUUCAACACAAUCAAUGGGUCCUCUAAUGUAAAACCAAAACCAGGCACACUGAACCUCAUUCCAGUGGCAAAUUAUGGAGUGAUAUCUGGCACAAACUGGCAAAGACCUAAUGGAACAACUUAUACAGGAGUUGGAGGAGGAGGGUUUGGAGCAUGUGUAUACAAGAAUGUUGUGUAUAAAGAAGGACAGUCCUGGGAUGAUGGAUGUGAUUAUGUGUGUACAUGUGAAGAUGCCUCUAAUGGACAAUAUAAAUGUGUAACAAAAUGUCCUCAGCUGCCUGAUUCUCUGCCUAGCUACUGCACGAAAAUAUCAAUCCCAGGUCAAUGUUGUGCUAAACUUAAAUGUGAUAUCCCAGGGGUAUCAUUUAAACCACCUGGUGAAGUCAUUGCUACGUCUGCCCCCUUCAUAAAAGUGACAGGUACACCAAGUGGUAUCAUUAAUAUAGGCACACCAAAACCAACUUCUGCUCCAAGUUUACCUGGAGGAGGUUUCCCAAUAUUACCUCAACAGUUUUCUGAAAUCAGAAGUCAGUGUGUAUUCCAUCGUAAAGCUGCUAAUGGUCAACCAGAAAAAUAUUUGGUGUAUAACCAAGGAGAAAAAUGGAAUGAUGGGUGUGACUUCAGCUGUCAGUGUAUGGAUGGAAAGACUGGAUAUUAUUACUGUGACCCACUAUGUCCUGUUUACAAUAACUUGCCAUCAAACAAAUGUUACCUUCUGAAGGUCGCAGGAAAAUGUUGCAACGAGCCAAGAUGUCAGUUGGAAAAUGGUCAAACAGUUAAUCCGCUUAAAGAACAAACAAAAUAUACAAUUAUUGGAAAACUGCCUAAUGGCUACACUGGUUUUGGACCAAACUACAAUUUCUCUACAACAUUAGUUGGUGGAGGUAGUUAUCAAAAUUCAUCAUCCACUCAGAGAAAUGUGUGCAUAUACAAAGGAAAGAUUUACAAGCAAGGCCAGCAGUGGAGUGAUGGAUGUGACUUUGAUUGCAGUUGUGACAAUGCACAAAAGGGUGCAUUCAGUUGCACUCCAAGAUGUCCAACCUAUACAUCUCUACCAUCAUUUUGCAAACUGGAAAAACUAGAAAAUGAAUGCUGUAGCCGCCCUAAAUGUAAUGUAGGAAGUGGCACAUCUGGACCAAUAAUGACAACCACCGUUUUACCUACACGUCCCACAUGUGCCUGGUGCCAGGAUACACUAGAUAAUUGUAAAGCUUAUGGACAAGCAGCUUGCCAGGCACCAUAUAUUCCAUGGGCCAAACGUAACUGUGCUCACCAUUGUAACUUCUGUGACUGUUCAAGCAGUCCAACAUUUACAAGUCCAGUAAUUACAACAGUCGCUUGUGAUGAUCCUAAAUGUGUUGAUAAGUUAGAUAACUGUGAUGACUUUGGAGAUGAUGCAUGUACUGGGAUAUUCCACAGUUGGGCACUGGAUAAUUGUCCAAGACAUUGUGGAUUAUGUUGUGAAUUACAAACAACUGUACAAAGUGCAUGUAGAGACAUACAGCCACAGAUCUGUGUGCCUCAGAGAGAUAUCGUCUGUGGAAAUGAAGCAUACAAAUCAUGGGCUUCAGUCAAUUGUGAGAAGACAUGUGGAAUUGGAGGAUCUUGCACAGAUCAAUUUACAACACCAACACCAAAAUCUUGUACGUUUAAUGGUUUAUCUUAUGCAAGUGGAGAACAGUGGAAGGAUGGCUGUGACAAGAACUGUACCUGUAAGAAUGGUAUCUACAAUUGUGUCAAUAUAUGCCCAGUAUAUGAAAACAUUCCAUCAAACUGGCAGUUAGUGAAAAUACCAGGACAGUGCUGCCUCGGUGUUAAAAUAAAAAUAGAAAAUGUUUGUCAUUACGGUGGAAAGGUCUACCAUCAAGAUGAGACUUGGUCUGAUGGCUGUAAAUUUAGCUGUACCUGUACCAAAGCCUCAGAUGGAAUCUAUCAAUGUAAAGAAAAGUGUCCUAUAUGGAAUUUACCUGAUGUCUGUACAUGGGAAGAACCUGAACCAGGAAAAUGUUGUAGACAACCAAAGUGUCCUGCACCAUAUGUCAUUAGUGGAUAUCCAGACGAAUAAAUUUAAUAUUGUUUAUGAAUUUAAUAAAUCAAAUUGUACCUUGAAA